UCAUCUCUAACCUAGACAACGCCCCGCGCACCUUAGCAUGCGCUCUCUCUCUUUCUCUCUCUCUCUCUUUACCCAAUUCAUAUCUGUUUUUGGUUCUAUGUGUGUGAAUGGGCUGCGUCGUAAGUCUUUCCUCACUCUCACCCCCCGUCCCGUCCCGUCCGCUCUGUAAAAGUAGGGUUAGGGUUUUAAGCGCAACCGCUCAUCAAUAUGCUACUCUCCUUUAGCUGUUUGCCUUAAUUUUAGGCGUUUUUCUUUUUUCAUUUUUUGAAUUUCAAUUACUUGCCGUUUUCUGCGUUUAAAGAUCUAUCAAUGCCUGGGAGUUUUUAUGCCAAUUCUUCAGCUGGAAACCUUAGGACACUCAAAGCUGUUUGGUUUUUGUUCCCAAAAGUGGGCACUUUCGGUGGAAAUUCAUCGGGGAGCCUCUUGAAGUUGUUGUUUAGGCCGUGCAUGCCUUUCACUUGAUUGAUUACUUUGGUAUUUCUGUGUUUCUAUGGCUCCAAGGAGAAAAGGUGCCAGUAAAGCUGCUGCGGCGGCUGCCGCUCGCCGGCAGUAUAAGGUAGGGGAUCUCGUUCUUGCUAAGGUCAAAGGAUUUCCGGCCUGGCCUGCUACGGUAAGUGAGCCUGAGAAGUGGGGUUAUCCUCCUGACUGGAAGAAGGUGCUUGUCUUCUUUUUUGGAACCCAACAAAUAGCUUUUUGCAACCCUUCUGAUGUAGAGGCUUUCACAGAAGAGAAGAAAGAAUCUCUCCUCGGAAAACGCCAUGGAAAAGGUGCAGAUUUUGUUCGUGCUGUGCGUGAGAUAAUUGAUUGCUAUGAGAAAUUGAAAAAUGAGUCAACAAACAAUGAACUGAACUAUGAAGUACCCACAGCAACACUUGAUUCUUGUCAAAAAGUGAAACAUGCUGCUGCAGAUACUAGUGGUCGGAACUAUUCAACAGAAACUGGUCCAGCUGGAGUGGUAGAAGAAACUUCAUGUGAUGAACAAGUACCAUCAAAAGAGCCUAGUGGCAUGGUGGAUGUUACGCCUGCUACAAAGACAUAUUCUUCAAGAAGGAAACUGAACUCUUUGAGACCACGCAACUGUGCCACACAGAAAAGAGGUCCUAGUACUUUGAAGGAUGGCAUUUUGAGGAGGAGUAAAAGGACUAGGAAGUUAUUUGAUGAUUCUGACAAGCAUGAGGUAGGUUCGCCUACUUCUCUUUCAAAUGGUAGCAUUGAAGAGAAUGAUUCUGAAAUUGUAACAGCUGAUUCUGAUACCUCAAGCUUCAAUGAAGGCAGCAGUGUGGAAUCUGGUUGCAAACUUGAGCCUCGGUCCCAUGAGCAUUGUGAAGGGGAGGUAGAGUUUAGCCAAAAGCUUGAUUUCCAUGGUAAUGCUGUAAUACUUAAGAAGAAGAGGAAGCCAAAUAGGAAAAGAUUACCUAGUGAUUCAACUGAGGAUACAGCUGCUCCUGUCAAAGAAAUAGAUUCGGAAAUGAAUGUGGUUAUAUCUGGGCAAAGCUUGCCAAAUGAUGUUGAAAAGCCAACUGAAAGAGUUGUGAAGGAUAUGAAGGAAGAUGGUGAUGAGCACUUGCCGCUUUUCAAAAGAGCGAGAGUUCGCAUGGGUAUGCCAUCACCUGUGUUGGAGGAACUUGAUACAUCAAUACAAGAGGAUAAAAGAACGGAAGUCUGUAAUAGCACUGCGGAACAGGGUACUGGGUCAUUGCAUGGGGGAGAUAGUUCUUUUGCUCAAAGCUCCUCCCCACUGAAUAAAGACCCAGUUAAAAUGGAGCAAUUAUGCAAUAGAAAAUUUGGUGGUUCACUUACUGGUGAAUCUGCUUUACCUCCAUCUAAACGCCUUCACCGUGCCUUGCAGGCCAUGUCAGCUAACACUUCUGAAGAUGAUCAAAAAAGUCUUGGGGGGCUAUCAAAAAUAAAUACAUCCCUUGCUGAAUGUUCUUCUGUGGGCUAUUGCUAUGAGUCAUCAGAUAGUCGUAAAGUAGAGAAUGAAUCUGGAAUGGAGAAAGCGGAGAAGCUUCUCAGAAAUGCUUCUAUAGAAGAUGCCACUCAGUUCUCAACAGCCACUGCUGGUUCAAUGGACAAUCCUGAAAUCAAGUCACCUAAUACAGGGGAGAUACAAGCCAAAGUGGAAUCACCUAAUGUAGGUGUUGAGGAACAGGUCUUAGUAAACCAUAGUGAUAAUUCAUCAACUCCUCUUGCAGCUUUCAAUGACAAUGAUGAAGUUGAUGCUCAUUCAUCGAAACCUUCUGGAGAGCCGGCUUGUGAACUUCACCAAAUGUGCUCAGAUUUUGUUGGAGGGGAUAAAAUUUCCACAAACUCACCCAAAAUAGAUGGCAUUGUUCAUGUGCAUACUUCGGAGGUUAAAUGUGAUGAUACUAACAAUUUGUGUCAACAUUCACUGAAUGAGAGUAAACAAGACAAUGAAAUAUCCAAUGCUGAAGAGGGUUUUGGAUUGACAUUGAAGGAUUCAUGUGCUUUAUCCCCACCCGAAAAGAUUAUGAGUUCUUCACAGCAAGAACUGCAUCAGUCUUGUUCAAGUUCUGUAUCUGAUGAUCAUUUGGGUGAAAAGCCUGUCUCAAUUACCUUGUCGUCGUCAUCUCUGACUGAUGGGUUGGAUUCAAACGCUCGGGCAUCACCACCGAAUACUUCAAUAUGCAACGUAUCUAAGUCUGAAGAUUUUGUCCUUGAUAAACCGAAGUUUGCAGACAAAAUGAGCAGCAAAAGAGAAGCUAGUGCUGCUCUAGCUUAUUUUGAAUCCAUUUUGGGAGCAUUGACACGGACCAAGGAAAGCAUUGGUCGAGCAACACGUGUUGCUAUAGACUGUGCUAAAUUUGGUGUUGCCACUAAGGUGGUGGAAAUUCUUUCUUCUAAUUUGGAAUGUGAGUCCAGUUUACAUAGAAGAGUGGAUUUAUUUUUUCUAGUUGAUUCUAUUGUUCAGUGUUCAAGAGGUUUGAAAGGUGAUAUUGGUGCUAUAUAUCCUUUAGCAAUCCAAACAGUAUUGCCGCGUAUGUUAGCAGCUGCUGCUCCUCCUGGAAGUUCUUCCCUGGAAAACCAGAGACAGUGCUUGAAAGUUUUGAAGGUCUGGCAGGAGAGGAGGAUUCUUCCAGAAUCAGUUAUUCGCCCUCGCAUUACCGAGCUGGAGUCUUUUUCUUCUAGUGGUGUAUACUGUCGACGGUCUUUAAGAACAGAGAGAUCUUUUGAUGACCCAAUUAGAGAAAUGGAGGGUAUGAUGGUUGAUGAAUAUGGAAGCAAUUCAAGUAUUCAGCUUCCUGGUUUUUGUAUGCCUCCAAUGCUAAAGGAUGAAGAUGCAAUCGACUCUGAUGGAGAGGGUUUUGAGGCUGUUACUCCUGAACAUACUGCUGCAAAAUCUGAAGAACAGGGAAAUGUCAUCCCGAGUACUGAGAAGCAUAGACAUAUAUUGGAAGAUGUGGAUGGUGAACUUGAAAUGGAGGAUGUGGCUCCUGUAUGCGAAGCUGAAAUCCCUGCCGUAAGUAAUGGUCCUGGAAUGGACACUGGGCUGGCUUCAGAUAAUCCAUUUGUAAAUCCUUUUGGAGCACACAUUCACCCUCCACUUCCAGUAGAUUUACCAGUAACACCUCCUCCUUUGCCGGCAUCCCCACCUCCUCCACCUCCGUCUAUGCCUCCGCCUCCACCUCCUUCUGUGCCUCCACCUCCUCCACCCCCUCCACCGUCCUCUCUUCCUGCUCCUGUUUUAUCUGGCUCAGUAUCUGUGGAUUCAAAGUUGUCUUCAAGUUCAGAGUGUGUUGGAGUGCAGAUUAUGAAAGACAACGUGGAAGAAUCGAUCGUGCCGCAAUCUAUUAAUGCAAGAGCUGAAUCGAGAAUUCCAGAUGGUAUUCAGCAUCAUGCCCCUGAUAGGAGAGGAAUACAAAAUCAUGUGCCAGUGCAGAAACCUGAUUCUCGUAAUUCACUUGCAUUCAGUAGUGAAUCUGCCCGUCAUCCAUCCGUUUGGGCGUCCAAUGACAUGCCAACUCCUGAGGAUUCUUUCAAGAAGAACUUUCGGUUGCGCCCACCUCAUCCUGCUCCAUCAAACCAGUUCUCCUAUGUGCAGUCUGAAGUGCAAGCAACGAGGAAUGCCCCGCAUCCUUCUUAUCCAAACAGAUUUCAUAUGCACAAUGCAGAUAACGUUGAUCUUUACAGAGACCGUAAUGAUUUUCCGCAUCGUGAUGUUGGAGAGUACUGGAGGACAUCAGCUCUGCCUUCUGGCCCAUGCUACCAAGACAGCAGCAGAGUCCCUUAUGAAGCUGGUCCAUAUACUUGUCCUCGUCAAAGGUCAUAUCGCGAUCACAGAUGGGCUCACCCUUCUCGACCUAUGAACUAUAGAGAUUUCUUGCCUCACAGAGCACCCCCCGAAGGUCCCCUCCCAGUAACAAGUAGAGUCAAGGAUAGAAGUAUGGCAUUAGUUUUGCCAGAGGUCUGCUUGGCCUGCCUUUUGACAAUUAAGGAGUUAGCUGGCGCUGGCGACGACACAGUUUUAGGGUCGCGGACAGACCCAUCCCCACACAUACAGUUUUGCUCCGCCUCUUAUCGUCGGGAAAACAUGGGCGCUUCCCUAUCCGCCGGCGAUUCCCCUCCAGAGAAGUCGAUUCACGAAUUCACUGUCAAGGAUUGCAGACGUAACGAUGUGGACCUCAGCAUUUACAAGGGCAAAGUGCUUCUCGUCGUCAAUGUUGCUUCCAGAUGUGGGCUCACAAACUCUAACUACACGCAGCUGACUGAGUUGUACAACAAAUACAAGGAUAAAGGAUUUGAAAUCUUAGCUUUCCCCUGCAAUCAAUUCCUGAAGCAAGAGCCAGGGACAAGCGAGGCAGCACAAGACUUUGCUUGCACUAGGUUCAAAGCUGAAUAUCCCAUCUUCCAAAAAGUGAAAGUUAACGGUGCAGAUGCAGCACCAGUCUACAAGUUCCUUAAAUCAAGUAAAGGUGGCUUUUGUGGUUCCAGCAUCAAGUGGAACUUCACCAAGUUCUUAGUUGACAAAGAAGGGAUAGUUAUUAAGCGUUUUAGCAGCACUACUCAACCAUUAGCAAUUGAGGAAGAUAUCCGAAAGGCAUUAGGAGAGGAGUGAGAGGCUUUACACAAUCUUUAUGCUGAAAAGAAUGGUCAUACUUAUACUAAGAGUGAAGGGUCUAGCAGAUGAGUUAAGUUCUUCUAAAUGUUUAUAUUCUAUGCUUUGUUUUGGCACUUGAAGUGAACCUGUGAUUAACCUAUCUAUUAUCAUGUUCCACCAUGUAAUAUACUAAUUAUGACCAUGUGUUAUAUGCUAAUACUUGUUAAAUAUAAAUUAAUUAGAUUUUGAAAUGAAUAUAUUCGUCCGACACAACAAUUGCACAUAAUUGAGUUGGCACGAGCUGAUUUUCUGGAAACAUCAAGGUAGGGUUGGCAUGGCAAGGAGACAAAACCAUGCAAAUGAAACUCUUUCAUUUGUGUUCCAUAGUACAGUGUAAGAUAAGAUAAUGCAGUAAUGUUGGGAGUUGGAACUCAAUAAUAUGAUUUGAUGUCGGGCCACCACAUACUUGAUCUCUAUUUCACCUAAUAUCUUCUACAGCCCCUCCAUAGUACAGGCACUAUAUAAUGACUGAAUCCUCACUUUCAAACCCAUAAACUUGUUCUUCAAUACCAAAACAAACCCCCAUUCUUCACCAUUCUUCUUCAUACAAGCAUGGCAGCUUCUUCUUUGUCAUCAAUAAGGAGUUGGAAACACCGGUCAAGGCGUGGCUGCUCGAAGCAACUCCGGGAGCAAAGGGCAAGGCUCUAUAUCAUAUGGAGAUGCACGGUGCUGCUACUCUGUUGGCAUGAUUGACUGACUUCAUACCUAGGUGCAGAUAGACACUAGUGAUGCUAUUGUACUAAUGCCUAGUUUUCAAUUAUAUAAAUAUUCACAUGAAUUUGUAGAUUAGUCUAUAGUUUGGUAUACUGUACUAUGUGAAACAUUCAGGAGAAAUUGUGUUAGGUGCAAGAAAAGUGAGUUGUUUUUAAGUUGAAACACCAAAA